AUGGAGCUUUUUGUACACAACAUUCCCAACUCUUUGAACAACAAGGCCAUCGAAAGUUUCAUCUAUGCUGUACUACAAAAGGAGAAUCACUUCAGUUCACCGUAUCAACCCUCUUCAGGCAGCUCAACAGCUAGCAUCUCCAUUAACAAAGGCUUCUUCUUCAGAAGAUUCGAGCGGCACAGGAAUCAGGGUCUCAUUACCUUCGCCAGGGAGCGUGUUGCCAGAUGGUUUCUAUACUAUGCUGAAAGCCAAACCUUCAUGCGCCGGUAUAAUAUAAGGCUGAAGAAAGGCCGAGACAGUCCAUCAAAAGCUUUCAUCAAAGCCAUUUCAGAGAACGUCACGGACCAGCAACCAUCAGCAAGCGCUGAGAGGCACAGCGAGGCACAAGCCUUUGUCUUUGGACUGGCUCAUACAGGAUACUGGUCUGCGCUUCAUCGAUUCAAUUGGACACGCUCUUUCUCAGGCAACCAUCGUCUCACAAUAGAUGGAGGUGUCAUUAUCAUUGCUCUACCUGAAUACAGUAUGUCAUUCCUUCCCAGAGACGUUCGGUCGUAUGGAACUGCCUUUAUCGACCCGAAGUCUCUUAACAACGGAAAGACUGCUGGGCGAGCCUCUGGACGAGAUGGCCGAGUUGAAGCGCACACUACCAAGAAUGCUACCGGUUGGGUUGGAGCCAUCUUCUUGUUCGAACUUAAGCACAAUCCACAAUUCGCUAGCGUUAGCUCCAACUCCUCCGAUCAUGGAUACAAGCCUCCGUCCAGACUUAUCCGCCUAUCCUUUGCGGCAGACACUCAUGGUCUGAAAGCAGCCUACCAGCUUGAUGGCGUCUUGGACAGUCUUCUUGCUAGUUAUCAACGAAUUAACAUGCGUCAGAUCCAGAUGGCACAGGACAGCAACUCUGGAUUUAUCGAGAGAUUCUUCAAUCGAAGCAAGAAGCUCGACAUUGAGCUGGCUUUCGUCCGCGAAUCCCUUCUCCGCAACGAGCUCGUGAGCAUUUCCGCUCUAAAUAAGGAAAUCAACCAUCGUCUCGAAGACAUGAUCCAUCAGGGGAACCAGCAGCUGGCCUUAAGGGCCCUCAAAAAUUUUGUUGCCAAGCUUGAGCUUCGACAAGAACGCGGAAAGGACGAGGAGCAAGGCAACAAAAAGACUGCCCGCCUAUUUGAGGAAUCCCGUGCUGAAACGGAGUCGAACACCUCGAGAGACCUUUUUGUCGACCUUGACUCUUUCCUUGCGACGGUGGACGAUGUCUACUCACCAAUGCUUCACAUUGAUGUUACACCUACACGUAUACUGCUCCAUGGACCUCACUAUCACGUGUCCAACCGUGUCAUUCGGAGCUACCCUAACCAUUGGCAUCAUUUUGCCAGGGUGACAUUCACUAACGAGGACCGCGACCUAGCUACCUCGAUCCGACCCAACUACGGCUUCGAUGAUAGCGAAAGGUAUAUCCAGUCGCGUGUCCUCAACGUCCUUUUACAUGGUCUCAACGUGGCUGGACGGCAUUGGGAUCUGUUGGCCUGGUCCUCCUCCUCAAUAAGCACGCAUACCGUUUGGUUCGUGACCCCUUUCGUGGACAAUAAUGGUCAGAGAAUCGACGCCAACGUCAUUCGCAGUCGCCUUGGUGAUUUUUCGGACGUCAUCAAGUCUCCUGCCCUAUAUGGUGCCCGGCUGUCCCAGGCGUUUAGUGCAACAGCGCAUACAAUCUCUGUUCCUGCGAGCCAUAUCCAUGCAAAGCCUGACAAGGUGUCAGAGCAGGGAAUGCCGUACACAGACGGAGUUGGCCAGAUUUCUCCUGAGCUGAUGGCUGAGGUAUGGACCAGCUUUCUUGCUGCUCACGGAGAGGGCCGAAAACGCAAAUUGUUGAAGGCAGCGGCACCCUCGGCAAUUCAGAUGCGCUUGGGCGGUAGCAAGGGUGUUCUUGCGGUGAAUCCUAGGCUGAGGGGAAAGGUACUGAUCAUCAGGCCUUCAAUGACCAAGUUUGGCUCACCCCAUCAAGACCUUGAAGUUGCCAAUGCUAGUACUCGGGCCAGGCCUGCGAAACUUAACCGCCCACUGAUCAAUGCUCUUGAAGACAGAGGCGUGCCUGCCUCAGCGUUUAUGGAGAUUCAAGACGAAGCUAUCACAUUGAUCGGUCGAGCACGCUCUGACUUCCAGGCCGCUGCAAGACUUUGCUCAGCCUUCAGCUUCGGCACUGGCUGCAACUUGCGUUCUCUCUUUCAAAAGCUACACAGCCUGGGACUUGGAGGAAAGACGGUUCACGUCGACAGCUUCUUCCUUGUUAUCGCGAAAUCAGUUACAGCAGCUGCGUUGGGAGAUAUGAAACGAAAAGCUCGUAUCCCGACACGUGGAGUGACCAUGCUCGGUAUUGCAGACGAGUUUAGUUUACUCAAAGAGGGUGAGGUCUUUGCUCAAGUAGAGUCAGUCGAGUCAGGCAAGGUUACACGGAGGAUACUGGUAGGUAGGAACCUGAUAGGAAGGAGUCCAACGGUCGACCCAGCAGACGUCGCCAUGGUGAAGUGCGUCAAGCCCCCGCCCGGUCACCCUCUUCUGCAACUGCGCAACGUCAUUGUCUUCGAUACAUGCAGCCGCGAUCAGCCCUUUCCGCGACGUCUUGGGGGUGGAGACUGUGACGGUGAUUUGUAUACAAUCUACGAGGACGAUCGUCUCUUUACAAAGGCCCAGCAAUCAGCAAUGACGUUUCAUCCUAAGAUCGCGCCUGCGGAGCUUUCUCGAGAUUGUGGUUCUUACGAGCUUGCAUUCUUCUUCACUCAGUUUAUGCUUAAUGAUUUCAUCGGCCUCGUCUCGUCCACCCACUUGCGUAUCGCCGAUAUCAGCGAGCUCGGCUCUCACGAUUCACGGUGCAAGACGCUCGCCCGACUUCACUCUCAAGCUACCGACUUCAAGAAGACCGGCUACGCCGUGGACAGAAGUCAGAUGCCUCGACACCGCGAGCCUAUCAUUCCAGACUUCCUUGCACAAGGAGAGAAGAGGGAAGGCAAGUUAGUGUACUCUAGCUCAAGGGCUCUUGGUUACCUGUAUCGAGCUGUCAGCUGGCAGCAGACCGACACACCUUCGCUCGAUCGAAGCACCGAUCCCGAGACCGGCCUGGUCACAGUAGGUGCAGCAGAUUGCUUUGAUGAGAAUGAUGAGCAGGCCUCAGAGUUCGGAAGCGCUAUGAGCAGCAUCUUGGAGGAAGAAAUAGACAGCCAACCUGUUCGAGCCAGCUCUUUGCGUGCGACUCUUAGCACUGGUGUACGUCCUCUCACCGAGGGUACAGGAGAAGCGCACCCUGGCGCCUCUGGUGAGACCGAGACUGCCACGGCGUCUCCCUGGGCAUUCAAGGACGUCACAUUCCCACAGCUGCUAGAAAAGAUCCGAUGGUCAAACAGCAACUUCUUGGAACAAUGUGUCCAUCAAGAAGACAAAGACGCCAGCGUAGUAGAAGAAGGGCACAGAUACAUCUCCGUUUUUCAACAUUUCACUCGCGAGCUUCGACAGGUCUCUCGAAUGAUUGCUUCUUACCAUCCUGAUGUUGACCGACCCUGGGAUGGUCUUAGCGGUGCUGAAGCAUCUUUGGGAGGUACACUUCUCGUAUCAGAGGUGCAUCUGCUCACAGGACGACUUCCUUGGUCCAAGGUCAACAAGAAGAAGCGGGAUGAGAGCAACAACACCUUGCUCGAUAACAUGAGAGCUCUCUGCACGAUGCUGCGAAAGGACAUCAGCUCUAUCUCGGAAAGGAAGGCCUUCGGUGGAACGGCGUCAAGCGUUGAUACACACCGCUUGAGCAACGGCAACGCGGAGGAUCAAGGCCAGAUCACAGUCGAUGGUGGAUCGGAAGUCAAGAUGAAGGAAGACGGAGAAGCUUCCGCACCUGGCAGCCAAACACCGAGGUUUGGAGCCACUCGAGUUUCGGGAAACGGCAGUAUUCAAGCGCCGUACGAGCUGCUCAGCGACGACGAUGACGCAAUGAGCAUCUCGAGUGACAGCACAAUCGACGUUGUUGCUGUCAGACCUGCCAACGCAAUCAUUCAGAUUUAUCCUGAUGGUUCAGGAACAAAUGCCGGUCCAGCUCAAGCCGCAGCUGAUGCUGUUCUUCCUGGUGUCAACAAGUCGAAUGGUGCUUCAAGCAGUAUCCACAACGACUAUGCCGUUGCGGACGACGACGAAGACGAAGAAGGCGAAAUCACCGUCAGAUCAGCCCAGAAGAUUGUCGACUCGCUCUGGAAAGCCUGUCACUUCUUCUGCUCCCCUCUCCGUCCUCGCUACAGCAACCUUUACGGGUACAACACCUUCAUGCUCACGCUCGCCAUGCAUCUCCUCUCCAUGCUUGAUACGCUAAAGCAUCUGUAUCGCAAUCCUUCCCUGCGAUCGGUGUAUCAGCAUCGUCGUGCGAACUCGGUCGCCUCAAGCGCAGCAACGCAAGACACUACGGGUAGUAGCACUGCAAACGACCUCAGAACGGGAGAAAGCGGUCGCAUUGAUCGAGUGGCUAUGCAGCUCGACGUGCAAGGUAACUUGGACCAUUUAUAUGGUUCCGACGAGUACGAGUACGAUGAUGAUGAAGUGGAGGGCAGGUUGGACAGGAAUUACAGCUUGACUGCGGAUGCGAUGUCUGCGCUUGAUCUUGGAACUGUUUUGCUCGAUUCGGGUGCCAAUGACGGUCGUAACGACUAG